CUCGUGGUUUGUUUUGGUUUCUUGGACCGGGAAAUUUAAAUUUUAUUUCCACAUUUUCACUAUUUUCCGGCAAUUUAUUGCGAAUUCCAAUAAGCUAUAAGUGACCAGCUCCACCAUGCACAAUCUGUGCAAAUCUUUGCACCGAUUACGGUUGCACAGACCCGCUUUCCAGCAUGUUUUAGCCGCAAAUCAGAGCACCGGGCAAGAACAGGAGAAAAUCGUGAUCCCGCGAAGAAUCGAGCGUGGCCCGACGGACAUCCUGAUGGCCCUAUCCGGUACGGUGGGGUUCGAUCCGACUGCACCGCACUUCAAGUACCACGACGAUCCGUACCUAAUUCCCACGUCAAACGCCAACAAGCGGACGUUCUCGCUCGCUCAGGAAGCCGGUCGGAAAGCGGCAAACUGGAUUCGGCAGGAGAACGCGAAACUCUUCCAGCAUCAAGAGGCCGAUCCACCGAUCCAGGCGUUCGCACCCACGAUGGUGUACACCGAAGAGAGUCAGGUCGAGGAAACGGAUCUACAGAGCCUGAUCGACCGGGUCGAGGUGAAGGACGCGAUCCUCGUGUACGGUUUGCUCACCAAAAACGGCAUCGCGAUCAGCGACGAGCUGAAACAGCAACUGCUGGAACUGCUCUGUUUCUACAACCACGAGGACACUCUACCGGAGCAACUGAUCGAGGAACGUUGGUUCCGUCAGGGAACGGUGGGCCGCGAACGGCAGCGUAAAACGUGGAAAGACUUCGAGCUGGCCGAGCAGCUGUUUCAUGCCAUCGAAACAAAACGGCCCGAGCACUACUGUGCUCUGAUUCGCGGUAUGGCCCGGUUUUUCCAGGUGGAGAAAGCGUGGGCCUUAUACCAGGAAACGAUCGAGAAGGAUAUCGAACUGGACACAAACACUUACAACUCACUGCUCCUGAUCGCCUCGUUUCUGCGCGAAAGCUACGACAAACGAUGGGAUCUGGUGUGUGAGGUAAUGUCUUCGAUGAAGCAGCAAGGCCUACGGCCGAAUCUGGGCACACUGAAUGGUGUGCUGCAGACGAUAACGACCAUCGGCGGGUACAACCAUCCGCGAACGUAUGCCUUGAAAACAUUGGCCGAGUUUAAACAGCUAGGCAUCCAACCAUCGCUCGCCAGCUGGUACUAUCUGCUGGUCAUCUUCUGUCGCGAGCGAGGCCCCGUCAGCCACGUGCUGCACGACAUUAUGAACGAGAUCGAGGGCAAGCAUUUCACGGUUCAGGAUCCGAAGGAUACGUUCUUCUUCGUGACGGCCAUGGAUGUUUGCCGGAAUCAUCUAAACGAUAAGGAACUGGCAAAGCGUGUCAACCAGCUCCUGCAUCUCGGCGAGAAUUACAAUCUGAUUGGCGAUUCGUACAAGGAAUCCAUCUACUAUCGGCACUACUUUGCGCUACUCGCCACGACCGAACCUCUAGAGAGCUUCCUUGAGACCUAUCAUCUGCUCGUACCGAAUGUCUACAUUCCGGAACCGUCGGUAAUGGAAGACAUUCUCCAUUCGGUUGAAAUGAACAGCGCCAUCGAGCAUGUACCGUUGCUUUGGUCCCAUAUGGUACAGUUCGAUCAUACGGGCAGGGAGAACCUAGUCAACCUGCUGCUCCACAUCAUGACCAGCAAUCCACCGACGAGCGGGGAACCGCGGCAUGCCGAUCUAGACCAAAGCUUUGCCGACAUUGCCUGGGAUGCCUGGAAGCGGCAGGAGGAUCGAUCGGCCGGACCAAGGGCGACAAACACGACAGGCAUUUCCGGACCGAUGCUCGGUGAUGUGCUGUUGCUUUGCUGCCGUGCUAACGACUACGAAAAGGCAGUGGCAGUCUUCACGAAGCUUAGCAAGGAACAGAACACCAUCGUCGGUGAUCCACGGGUAGAUGGAUUGCGUGAGUUCGUGGGGCAAUGCAUUACCAAUCGCGCACCAACACUGGCCAUCCAGUGUUUGCAGUACUGCAGUGAGAACGGUUUCCCAGAGGCCGUGGAACUGGGUCGACAGAUUUUCAGUGGUUUUACUCUCGAUCAGAACCAGAUAGCCAAGAUCAGAAACUUAGUCGGUGCGGAAGCUGUUAACCCGGUGCCUCAGCAGAACCAGGAGAAGAAGGAAUAGUCUAGCUUCGUCACAUCUAGUGUAGCCCCAUCCCCAGCGUAGCGUGACCUUUCGUUAAAAUAAAUGUCCAAGAAGGGUUGAA